UUUGGAGGCAGCUGGACCGGCGGCAGCAGUAGAUGCUGUCCCAUCAUCAGAUCACACCCAACGGGGCCGCAGCGCACCGCUCCUCGGGCUGAGCACCAUGACACCCGCAGCCUGAGCCGCACUGAGGACCAGACCCCCGGAGGACCGGCAGCACGCGCACAACACCACGGUCACACGCACAGAGAUAAACAGGCGCACGCGCGCGCGUCAGCGAUACCGAAGAUCCCAGCGACCCUCCCGCAGACACACGGACGGACGGACGGACGGACGGGAGGGAGGCGAACUCCAGCCGCGCCGCGGAGCUGUCACUGCAGAGAGGCGUCCCGCGAGAGAAUUGAGUCAUUUCACGCCCACGCAGAUUUGAAAACAUGUCAUCUUCGGGCAAGGACGCCAACAGUGGGCAUUACGCCAACUAUGUGGGACCGUACCGGCUGGAGAAGACGCUGGGGAAAGGACAGACAGGUCUGGUGAAGUUGGGCAUCCACUGUGUCACAGGUCAAAAGGUCGCCAUAAAGAUCGUCAACAGAGAAAAGCUCAGCGAGUCUGUUCUUAUGAAGGUGGAGCGGGAGAUUGCCAUUCUGAAACUCAUCGAGCAUCCCCACGUUCUAAAACUGCACGACGUCUAUGAAAACAAGAAAUACCUGUACCUGGUGCUAGAACAUGUGUCCGGAGGUGAACUGUUCGACUACCUGGUGAAGAAAGGCCGGCUGACCCCCAAAGAAGCCAGAAAGUUCUUCAGACAGAUCAUCUCCGCUCUGGACUUCUGUCACAGCCACUCCAUAUGCCACAGAGAUUUGAAGCCUGAGAACUUGUUGUUAGAUGAGAAGAACAACAUCAGGAUAGCGGACUUUGGCAUGGCGUCUCUGCAGGUCGGGGACAGUCUGCUGGAGACCAGCUGUGGAUCUCCACACUACGCCUGCCCAGAGGUGAUCAGGGGAGAGAAGUACGACGGGAGGAAAGCAGACGCGUGGAGCUGUGGAGUCAUCCUGUUUGCACUUUUAGUGGGCGCUCUGCCGUUCGACGACGACAACCUGAGGAACCUUCUGGAGAAGGUCAAGCUGGGAGUUUUCCACAUGCCCCACUUCAUCCCUCCAGAUUGUCAGAACCUCCUGCGAGGAAUGAUCGAGGUGGACGCCACCAAACGGUUAACGUUGGAGCAGAUCCAGAAGCACACGUGGUAUCUAGCUGGGAAAAACGAGCCUGAGCCGGAGCAGCCGGUCCCCAGGAAGGUGGCCAUCAGGAUGCUGGGUUCAUCCGAGGAGAUCGAUCCAGACGUCCUGGAGAGCAUGCACUCUCUGGGCUGCUUCCGAGACAAGGAGAAGCUGAGCAAAGACCUGCUGUCUGAGGAAGACAACCAGGAGAAGAUGAUCUACUUCCUGCUGCUGGAUCGGAAGGAGAGAUACCCGAGCCAUGAGGACCAGAACCUGCCGCCCCGAAAUGAAAUCGACCCUCCCAGGAAGCGGGUGGACUCGCCCAUGCUGAGCCGUCACGGCAAGCGGAGACCCGAGAGGAAAUCGAUGGAGGUUCUGACCGUCACAGAGGGGGGCUCCCCCGUCCCGGUGCGACGAGCCAUCGACAUGGCGACCCACGGUCAGAGCAAAUCUGUUUUCAGUAAAAGCUUGGAUAUCACAAACGCUAACUGCAGCAAGGAGGAAAGGUCACGGUCGAUCAGCGGGGCGUCCUCUGGUUUGUCCACCAGCCCCCUCAGCAGUCCCAGGCCCCACCGGCGCUUUUUCGUCCCGCCCCAGUCCCCAGAUCUGUGUCAGUCCCCCAACUGCAGCCCCACACAUUCCCCUGAGGUCCGCCUUAAUGGGGUGGGCUCCCGUGCGGCCAACUCCUACCAACCAAAAAUGGGGUCCCCUCUCAUGCACCCACGCACCCAGACCCUCCCUGCCAAGCCCAAAGUAUCAGAGAAGCCCCUGCAGACCACCAGGUCCAACCCCCUGCCCAACACAGCCCAGGCCCCCGGCACCCCUAAAUCUGAUCAAUCCACAGCGAGCCAGCCCCUCGCUCCCUCCGUCCCCAAUAGCCCCCACACCAGACGACACCCUCCCCUCACUGUCCCUCCCAAGCUGUCCAUCCCCCUCUCCCCAGUGCCCCCUAUGUCCCCGCUCCGCCGCCACCACCUUCACCCUGACCACAAUGGCAAAUCUGUCCCCAUCACGCAGGUAACCCCUCACCCUUCCCCUAGAGGAAGUCCUCUUCCUACCCCAAAAGGCACACCCGUACACACCCCCAAGGACAGCCCGACUGGAACGCCGAGCCCCACGCCGCCGCCGAGCCCCUCCAUUGGCGGGAUGCCCUGGAGGACACGCCUCAACUCCAUCAAGAACAGUUUUCUGGGCUCACCGCGCUUUCAUCGCAGGAAAAUGCAAGUUCCCACCCAGGAGGACAUGUCCAGCCUCACCCCAGACUCGUCUCCAGAGCUCGCUAAGAAAUCGUGGUUCGGGAACUUCAUCAACCUGGAGAAGGAGGAGCAGAUCUUCAUAGUGAUCCGGGACAAACCUCUGAGCUCCAUAAAGGCCGACAUCGUCCACGCCUUCCUCUCUAUCCCCAGCCUCAGCCACAGCGUCAUCUCUCAGACCAGCUUCCGGGCGGAGUACAAGUCCACGGCGGGGCCGACGGUUUUCCAGAAGCCUGUCAAGUUCCAGGUGGACAUCACGUACACGGAGAACACCGGCGCCACCAAGGAGAACGGCAUCUACUCCGUCACCUUCACCCUGCUCUCAGGUCCGAGUCGGCGAUUCAAGCGCGUGGUGGAAACCAUCCAGGCCCAGCUUCUCAGCUCCAACGACCAGCCAGGCAUCCAGCCUCAGAUAUCCGAUGGCUCUCAGCGCUCAGCUUCCAAAGCCACCAAACGUGGUAAGACCCGAUCAGUGGGAGGUCCGGUUAAACGGGACCAGCUCUGGCUUUUAACACGUCACAGCAGGCUUCCUGGAGGCUUGUCACCAACACCACCAGCCUGAGCUAACGCGUGUGUCUGAGAGAGUGAGAGGGAGUUUCCAUCUUAGCCGCUUAUUUUAAUUCAACGCAAUUUAUUUUUAUUUAGACCAGAAAAUAAAAAAAUUUAAAAGGAAAUAAACACUUUAGAUAACCAAGUCAUUUAUGAACAACUAAUCUAAAAGUAUUUAUGCAAAAUAGUUAUUUUUUAAAACCUGAUAGUUAAAAAGGUUCUGUUAAUAUGCACUUAAUAAUUUGUCUGCAAAGACAAUAAUCUAAAUAAAUGUUUUUUUCUUCUAAUCUUUUUGUUUUCUUCAUACUUUGAAAAUAAGACAGUAACCCAAUUAAAUUUAUUAUUUAGUUUAAAGUGGUACAAAGAGGAAAAAAAGUUUUUUACAGUAUAAAUUUGUGUUAAUGAAAGAAUAAAAAAAGAAAUAAUUCAAUCUGUGGCUGAAUUCAAAUUCAUGGGCUGUAUCCUCCAUGGACCCGUGAAAAUAAGGAGAACGGAAGAGUUUUGGCUCUGAAUUCAAACAGGUCUAACGUUCUGCGGCUUUCACUGCCGUACGCUCUGUCGCCUGGCAACCAAAAAGCAGGAAAAGGUGAAUACCGGACUUUUUAAUACUGCAUCGUUUUAGAUUUACAUUUCUUUAUUGUAAAGUGAACAAAGACUUCACUCAUGAGUAUACAGAGUGGAAUAAAAGUAACGACCACCGGGUGCAUCAACAAAUAGAAGCUAAUGUAAUGAUAUAAAACAGGUAGAAAGAUAUAAGUAAAUCUAAACAAUGUAUAUAUAAAAACUAUAUCUAAAAAAUCCCUUAUAUUCAACAAAAAAAGUACUUAAGCAAAUUGUGCAAAAAA